UUGAGAUAGAGGGAUCGAAAAGAGAGAGAUUUUUCUUUUCCCUAUCUCUUUCUGAUCUAAUUGGCCCAUCGGGAGCAGGGGCAAGUGUUCAGUAGGCAGGACCCGUUUGCAGCUGCACUGUCUAUAAUUGGCAAUCCUCCACGAGUGAAACCACAGUCACGAAAUUCGACCAAAACCACCCCAAAACAAAUCAACCCCCUCAGAGCUCAAAUCAAACCCCAUCAUGUUAUAUGGAGCAGGAGACGCGAACUUGGAGUUGAACUGAUGUCCGACAGAGAGAGAAGCAGGAGCUACAUGAGCCUUUCAUUGACAACCUGUUCAGUGAGACGAGCGUAUCUAUCUAUCUAAGCCGUGCGUUUUUUGGCCACGGUGUCCGUCACGUCGUUCUCAGUUUGUGCACAUAUUUCUACUGGCAAACAGUAGGAUACUUAGAGACGCGAGAGGUGUAGUGUAUGGAGAGUGGGGACUUAUUUUGACACCUAAUACAGUUUCACAUGUUCGAAGAUUCCAACAACCUACGUGGGACUGAGAACCGUGUAAAGCAAUAAGAGGCGUUACAGAAAAGGCACAGAUUCAACUCCGACGGUUGAGAAACAGAGUGAUUUUGGACUGCAUGUGCUUAUGAGGACUGCUUUGUGCCCUGAAGAAUCCCCAACAAAUGUUCCAACGCGUUAAAAGUUACCCGGUGGAUUUUGAUCACAGUUCUACUUUCUUUUGAGAACUGGUUAAUUCGAUAUUUGAACUAAGAAGGCUACGAAACUGGAAUACCUAAGUGGGUAUACUUAGAUUUACAACGCAUUUAUGGUGAGACAUUUUUAAGCGGUUUUAUAACGGAAUUGGGCUAUCUAUCGACUCUGAGCCGUGCAAGGGUUCGAAAAAUCGGGAUAUAGAAGAGUUUUAAGAAGCUCUGCUACACUUGGAGUAAGGUUAUGAGGGAUCGGAGCUGAAGAUGGAGCUUUUCUGGAUUUUGGUAUUUUCUAUCAUCUACCCGUAUGCGCAAGGGCAAGGAGUGUACGCCCCUGCCAAUGCCAAGAUCGUGCAUGAGGGCCAGGCGUGUGUGGUGAAGGACGACAACAUCAGUGAGAGGAUCUACACCAUCAGAGAGGGAGACCACCUGGUGCUCAAAUGUCUGGUCAAAGGACACCCACGACCACAGGUGCGUUGGACAAAGACAGCAGGCAGCGCCUCUGACAAGUUCCAGGAGACGUCCAUCUACAACGAGACUCUGCGCAUCGAGGGCAUCCAGCGGGUGCAGGGCGGCCGCUACUACUGCAAGGCUGACAACGGGGUGGGGGUGGCUGCCAUCAAGUCCAUCCGGGUAGACGUGCAGUACCUUGACAAACCAGUUCUGACGGUGCACCAGACCAUCAGCGAUGUGCGAGGGAGCUUCUACCAGGAGAAGAAGGUGUUCUUCCGCUGUACUGUCAACUCCAACCCCCCGGCCCGCUUCAUCUGGAAACGAGGCACCAUUCCCAUAGAGCAGAGCAAGGAUAAAGGAGUGGACAUCUACGAACCGCUAUACACACAGGGGGAGACCGAGGUUCUGAAGCUGAAGAACCUGAGGCUGAAGGACUUUGCCAACUACACGUGCCAGGUGUCCGUUCGCAACGUGUGUGAAAUCCCUGACAGCUCUGUCACCUUUCUCCUCACCAUCGGCACCACUCCCCCUGCUCUACGGCUUUCUGUCAACGAAUCCUUGGUGGUAGACCCCGGGAAGGACGUGACCCUGUCAUGCGAGGUGACCGCAGGAUUGCCUAAACCCACCAUCACCUGGUCGCGCUACCUCAACCCGUUGCCGAGAAACUCGUUGGUAAGAGAUGGGACUCUGGAGUUGCGCUCGGUGACGCCCGCCGACUCAGGCUUCUACAACUGCACUGCAGUCAACAAUGUGGGGAACCCAGCCAAGAGGAACGUCAACCUCCUCGUCCGAAGUAUGGGUAACCUUACCUUCCAGAUCACACCCGACUCCAACAAGGACAGUGAGAGCAUCCAGAUGGGCCGUGACCUCAAGCUUUCCUGCCACGUGGAUGCGGAGCCCCAGGACAAGGUGAACUACACGUGGUACCAGAACGCGAUGCUCAUCUACAACUCGGACAGCCUGAUUGUGCUGCACAGCGACCCAGACAUGGCGCCUGGUACUAGCAGUCUGGAGAUCGUGGACAUGAAGUUCCACGACCAGGCCACCUACAGCUGCGUGGCCAACUUCCCCGGGAGCACAGUGCCCGAGCUGAGGGUAGAUGUCAACAUCACCCAGAACAGCGUUACUCCCCCAAUUUUAACGGUGCCAGAAGGGGGCCAGGUGGUGAGCGUGAGGGAGGGAGGCACCACCGACCUGGUGUGCCUGGUUGAUGGCAAGCCCCGCCCACCCGUGCUUUGGUCGCGCGCCGACAAGGACCUGACCAUGCCCACGGGUGAGUGGGCGGUGGAAACACGCGACGGGCGCCUCCGCCUGACCAAUGUCACCCGCGACCUGAUGGGUGCCUACCGCUGCCAGACGGCGCCAUACAAUGGCCUCAACGUCAAGCCACGUCAGGCACAGGUUCAGCUGAAUGUACAAUAUGCUCCAGUCCUGGACCCGGUUUUCCAGGAUGUUCGCUCGCCCAACUACCAGUUUGUAACCCUGCGCUGCAUCAUUCAGAAGUCCAACCCACCACACAUGGCCAGCAUCCGCUGGACGCGAAACGGCGAGCCCCUGACCUCCCUGACCCCAAACCCCCGGGAGAACCCGCAGCUGAAAUUCAAAUUGGACCCCAGCAACAACGGCACGUACAAGUGCCGUGUCAACAACGGCGUGGGCUCUUCUACCUGCACCUUCAACAUCUCAUCACGUCCAUAUAGUGCUGAGUUCUACUUUGACACGCCCAACCCCAUCCGCAAUCUGAAGGGCAACAACUUCUCCUACAACCUCCAGUGGACCCAGAGAGAUCCCGUGGCUACAGACCGGAUCAUUGGCUACUGGGUCAACGUUCGCAAUAAUGAAAAGAUGAAUCAGAUGAACCUGUUCUCCAAGCAGAUCGACAAGGAGCCGGUGAAGGGAGGCCUCAUGUCCUACAUCCUGACUGACCUGAAGAUCCCCCUCUCCUAUGAAAUCCGCCUGGCCCCCAUCACCACCUAUAGCACAGGAGACUAUGUCAGUCGCACCAUCAAGUACUCAGACUCCUACAAUUACCCAAGACCUUCAGACCAUGUUUGUGGCUUUGAGGACAAACACAUCUGCGGUUUCUCCCAGGACCGUGGCGACAAUUUUGACUGGACAAGACAGAACCACCUGACACAGAACCCCAAGCGUUCAUCUAAUACUGGCCCAGAGAUGGACAGGAGUGGCACCAAAGAAGGUUGCUACAUGUACAUUGAGGCCUCUAGUCCCCGGGUACCGGGGGACACUGCCCGUCUCUUGUCCCCCCUCUACAACGUGACUGCUGCCAGGGGCCCCAAGGGCUCUGGUCGUCUCCCUUACUGCAUCUCUUUCUUCUACCACAUGAAGGGCAAGCAAACCGGUACCCUGGACGUGUGGCUGAGGGUGAAGAGCAUCGCCUCUGUGGACACUAAGGUCUGGAGCCUGAUUGGGAACCAGGGUCCUGACUGGAACCAGGCCAACAUCAUUGUCAACCCCAGCGGACCCUUCCAGGUGGUGUUUCAGGCCAUUCGGGGAUCGGGCUACGAAGGGGACAUUGCCAUCGAUGAUGUAUCAGUCACCAAAGGGAAAUGCAAGCAGGAGAAUUCCGUUUCCAACACAGUUCUGAUUGGAGGAGCCCCGGUGCUGUGCUCGCAACCAUUGGCCGCCUCACUGACCUUCGCCCUCUGCUCCUAUCUACUGCUGCUCUACAGAUGAUGAGCACAACUCACAGCGUCACCUGUCCACCUUUCUGUUUUCAUCGCCAAUCCAUCCUUCAUAUCUCCCAUUCCACCCUGGCUAAGCUUGUACCAUUUCUUCUCUCGCAUUCUUCUUUUCCACACUCACACUUUUACAGUCUUAUGCUGCUGUUUUCCCCAGUCAUACUCAUCUCCUUGUGACCUUUGACACCCAAUAUCCAACCCCUCACAGCAGACACUCACCCGGCUUCAUACUUCUCUUCACUCUCUCACUCUUCCAUCACCUCCAUCUACUCUUUCCCAACCCUGUAUUCCUGGGACACAAGUGUCGGACACUCUACCAAAGAUGACAAAGGACAAAAUAAAAAAUAUGGGUGGCGGGAGGGGCAGAGGAUAAUAAGAGAAGGGGUGGUCUCCCCCCUGUUUUUGACCCUCCCCCUUGCCUCCUUGGGCUGGGUGCUAGGUAGCUUCCGCAUCACGAAGGCAGACUGACUGACAGAGAAAGAAAAAUAGAAAGAAAGAAGCUCCCACUUGCCUCUCCUCUACCAGUCGCUGCAGUAAGACCUGCGUUAGAUUGUACAUAUACAUUUCUCUAUAUAAUAUAUAUUACAAAAGUUUAGAUAACAUUUAAGUGAAGAAAAACACUCAUGGACAUGGACGACUUUACAGGCUACGACAAAACUGAACUAAAGAAGCACAAAUUUAUACAAUCUAUUCUUUCUUUCUUUUCCAUAGAAGUGUUUUUUUAAGUACUUUUACUGCAUGAGGCUUUUUUUUCAUAUCGGUCAGUGAUAAAAUCGAAUCUCCCACUGCGUAAAAACUGGUUUAAUCAAUGUUAUUUCCAUGUCAUUUCAACUCCCAAAAUCAAUGUGAUGACAUUUAAUGAACUUGGAAAACUAAUUGGAUUAGCAAAAAGUCAUCAAUGUAAGGGCAUUUUGUAUUUUUUUACCCAACUUUGAACCUAAAUCCAAAAGUGGAAUUAUUUUGUUGAUUUCACGUUUAAUUCACAUUAGUUGACAACUCAAGCAAAUGUAAAUAAAAACUAUAAUUUGAACUGGCAUCUAUACCCAGUGGGCUUGUUCAUACUAAACAAAAAUAUAAACACCAAGUCGAAACAUUUAUUUGUCACACGUGUUUUGCAAAUGUUAUUGAGCGUGUAGCGAAAUGCUUGUAUUUCUAGCUCCAGCAGUGCAGUAUUAUACACACCAAUCUAUGUAAAGGAAUGGAAUUAAGAAUAUAUAAAUAUAUGGACAAGCAAUGUCAGAGCGGCAUAGACUAAGCUACAGUGGAAUGGAAUAGAAUACAGAAUACACAUAAUAGAUGAGUAAUAUACAAUAUGUAAACAUUAUUUAAGUGACUAGUGAUUUCAAAUCUAUGUAUAUAGGGCAGCACUCUCUAAUGUGCUAGUGAUGGCUAUUUAACACUCUGACGGCCUUGAGAUAGAAGCUGUUUUUCAGUUACUCGGUCCCAACUUUGAUGCACCCGUACUGACCUCGCCUUCUGGAUGAUAGCGGAGUGAACAAGCAGUGGCUUGGGUGGUUAUUGUUCUUGAUGAUGUUUUUGGCUUUUUGUGACAUCAGGUGCUUUUGGUGGCCUGAAGGGCAGGUAGUUUGCUGCGGUGAGGCAUCGGGCAGACCGCGCCACCCUCUGGAGAGUCCUGCGGUUGCUGGCGGUGCAGUACCAGGCGGUGAUACAGCCUGACAGGAUGCUCUCAAUUGUGCAUCUAUAAAAGUCUGUUAGGAUUUUUUACUCAGCCUCCUGAGGUUGAAG